AUGCCUGCUCUUGUCGUGGGCGACCACGAAAAGGAGGGCGACCACGGCGUGGGUGCCGGCAUUUGGGCAAAAUACAAGGCGUACGGAGGCGACGGUAAGUUGGCACAAGACACGACAUGGGCGGAAGCAACGUGGACGCUGCAGACUGUGGACGAACGGUUGGCGGAGGAGCACACGUACGCCCCACCGUUCGGCUCCAAGGCCGUGGUGAAGGGAGACAAAAUGUGUAUUGUUGUGCCAGCCACGGAUGCCGCACGGGGUGGCGUUCAGUCGGGCCUUGAGCCCUUCGCUGGUCGCGCUGCGGGGCCCGCGGCAGAGGGAGGAGGGAAGCAGGCCCCAUGGGAGGCGCCCAGGUCGCUGAAGUCCACGCUUGCCGGGAAGAUGACUAGGCACUCGUGGGAGGUGUUGUUUGCUGCCCUUGGGGCAAAGGCGCUGCAGUUGGGGCGACGACGACUGUCUUCCCUCUUGUGGCAAUUGGCGGCCCCACCGAUGAGGGAGAGGGCGCCUGCACCGUCGUGCGCUCCGACGACGGUGGGAGCAGCUGGCAGUUUCCUGCGACGCCUGUGGUUGCCCAGGGCUGUGCCGGUGCCACGCUUCUUGAGUGGGCGGGGGAGCUUUUGA